AUGGAUCCAAACAGAGUAGAAGCCGAGCGCUUGCUCGGAAUCGCCGAGAAGCUUCUACACAGCCGAGAUCUGAGCAGCUGCCGCGACUUCGCAAUUCUGGCGCAAGAGACCGAGCCGCUAUUGGAAGGCUCAGAUCAGAUCUUGGCCGUCGCCGACGUGCUCUUGGCCGCCGACAAGCGCGUAAACAACCACCACGACUGGUACGCCGUUCUCCAGGUCGAUCGCCGAUCCGAAGAUCAGGAUCUCAUCAAGAGGUCAUAUCGACGGCUGGCGUUGCUCCUCCACCCGGACAAGAACAAGUACGCUUAUGCCGAGCACGCGUUCAAGCUUGUCGCCGAUGCAUGGGCCGUUUUGUCCGACCCGACUCGGAAGCCGAUUUACGACAACGAGUUGGGCCCGUUCAGCCGAGUCGAUCUCAGCGCGCCGAAUUCGAACAAAUUGCCUGUACGGCGUGUCAAUCGGAGCCGAAACGACGCCGAUUUGACAAACGACGGUGAGCAUCAUCAGCAGCAGAGGUCGAGAUUGUCGACUUUCUGGACGACGUGCCCGUACUGCUAUGUGCUGUACGAGUACCCUAGGGUUUACGAGAAUUGCUGUUUGAGGUGCCAGAAUUGUAAGCGCGGGUUUGAGGCGGUGGUUGUGCCGAAUUUGCCGCCAUUGGUGCAAGGCCAGGAGGCCUACUACUGCUGUUGGGCCUUUUUUCCGAUGGGAUUUGUGGGCGGGACGCACGCCAAUGGCGGGAAGGGUAAGGCGGCCCCGGCAGCGGCCGCAGCCGCCUUUCCCAAUUGGAUGCCACCUGUCUUUUCGACGACGCCUCAGAGUAAAACUCCGGUGGCGGCCACGGCGGUCCCCGGGGCCAAUUCGGGUGGAGUGAUGGAUGUUUCGGAUGGGAACCCGGAUUUGGGGACUAAUCAGAAGAAGAGGGGACGGCCCAGGAAGGUUAUUUGA